AUGAGAUCAAAGAUGAGGGGGAUUCGGAUAGCAUGGCUUUCCAUGCUCUCCAUCAAUCUCACGAAUGCAUGGACACCGUCUAGGGGAAUGCCAAUGAAGUUUUCUCAGGCGAAUACAAUUUCGUCGCCAACACAACUCUGGAAUGUUCCGCCGCCUUCGGAAAACAGUGUUGUGGAGUUUAAGCAAUACGCAUCAAAGCUGCCUCCUCCGUCCUCUUUCUUUGAAUUGCAGCAGGAUUGCCAGCGGGCCGUCCGAUUAGCUCGAAAGGACGGACAUAAACUCUUGGAAGUUGAGUUCCCCCCCUUGCCCGCGGCUGUCUUGGAAAUGGACGACGUGAGCGCAUACGAUGUCGUUCAAGCCAACCUGAAACUCGCGUUAGACUUUUCGAAGGGUUUACUUGCUGGUGAACGAGACGGUAGUUCGCUUAAGAAGAUUGCUCUGCUCUUCCCUGAUCAAGCCGAAGCCGAUUUUGCCGUUGAAAAGGCAGGGUCUAUCAAUCCCUAUCCUGGUGUUGUAAUCAGCAGUCUUCUUUCCAGUGAAGGAAUUGACGAUCGGUACUUCAAACCCGAGCAAAUUUUUCUCAAUCUGCUCGGAAAGCGAGAAGGUUCAGUAAAGCCCGUACCAGACACGGAUCUUUACAUUAUCCUCACGGCGUCCGCGCAAGAACUGCCCGACGUGGAAGCUUUACAUAAGCAAGAGCCUGAUAAGACGAUUGUGUUUUUCAAUCUUAAACUGGAUGUGCUUCGUGGUGAUUUUGGUGCACCAGCGUUUCCCAAAAAAGAGUUUCAAGAUCGUUUUCUGAGCCGCGUCAAGCCUGUCUAUUAUUUGCGUACACGCCAGUACACGCGGUCAACUCCAAAGCCUCCGUUCAUGGUCAACUUUCAGGGAUGUCUCUUCCGAGCCUAUCCUGGUCAGUAUCAGACUUUGCUUGAUACUGGUACUGGUCGGUAUCGUCGACUUGUCGGCAGCGACAUUCGACCAGCUCUCGGUGCGUUCAAAGAACAGUUGACGGACGACUUGAAGAGCCAAGGAAUCUUGGACGACGAGGGAUCUACACUUAGUUUCUUACGGACCGGAUACAAAACGACUACGUGGUGGGAAGAGGAGCGUCCCGAGGCUAGUCAAGAAUGGUUGACGUGAACCCAAUGAAAUGGCAUUCUAAAUAAAGUAGCGCUAUAAUCAAUCACGAGAGGCUCAGUUCUGCAACAUGAUUUGUUAAUUUGCGUCGCUGGACUCUUUGUACAAGCCAAAGCCUCGAUGCUGGUAAGAGAAAUCGGCCGUAUCCACACCCUUUCCCCUUCCAGAAAACGUCCCGACUACGGGUCGGAACCGUUUUCGUUUCAAAUCCCCUUGCAGUAUAAUCCCUCGAGUGAAUUUUGGCUGUGGUCCGAACGGAUUCAAAUGCAUGUCGGCAAAAAACAGUAGCUUUGUCGUUGGUUUCUUGAUACAGGUUUGCACAGGCAGCUCCCAGGAAACACCGUCUGGCGAUAAAGUCCAAGUGCCCACUAGUGUUUUCGAAACAUCACCGACAUUUCGCGCACGUACAAAACCGUUGUCCGAAAAUUGCAGAACAAGUGUCUCGUUCACGUAUCGUUUCAAUGCUUUAUCUCUCCACGAGAUGCACAACUCGUACUCGUCCAUCCGCAACGGAUGGGGUGCAACAUUUUCACUGGAUUCACGUCGGCGUUUGACAGCGGUGUUGAAACGCCACGUGAGGAUGGGGCGCUUGGGUUUCUGGCCGUGAGUUGGGUCUGGCUUCU